AACAAAACAGGAAAAGGAGUGGUCAUGUGACGUAUGGAUUGUUUCGCGAAACAUCUUAGCUAGCUGCACAGCUAGCUAAAGUAUCUAAUCAUAAUUACAUUUUAUAACGCAGCAUAAUUUAAAUAAAUUUGAAUAUUAAACUUCCAGCAGAGUCAUGAAUGGGAGUACAAAUCCGCUCUUGGACAAAGAAGAACAUGUUUUGAAGCUCGGAGAGAGCUUUGAGAAGAGGCCAAAAUCGUCAUUUCACACCAUCAGAUAUGAUUUCAAACCAGCUUCAAUUGACACAAGCUGCGAGGGAGAGUUGCAAGUCGGUAAAGGAGAGGAAGUCACCAUCACAUUACCUCACAUUCCAGUAAGAGGCUCUACACCACCCAUGACAGUAUUCAAAGGGAAUAAGCGGCCAUAUCAGAAAGACUGUGUUCUUAUCAUCAAUCAUGACACUGGGGAGUACAUGCUGGAGAAGUUGAGCAGCAGUAUCCAGGUCAAGAAAACCAGAGCGGAGGGCAGCAGUAAGAUCCAGGCCAGGAUUGAGCAGCAGUCGGUGCGUGCCACUGCCACCCAGCCUCCAGCGCAGUUCCGUGCCCCCACUAAGCCUGGUGCAGGGGCCAAGACCUCCCCCUCCCCUUGCAAGGACAACCCCUCCCCUGAGCCCCAACUAGAUGACAUCAAGAGAGAGCUGCGAGCGGAGGUGGAGGUUAUUGAACAAAUGAGCAGCAGUAGCGGCAGCAGCUCAUCUGACUCGGCCAGUGGCUCUGGUAGUGGGGACGACAGCUCUAGCAGUGAUGGGGAGCAUGACACCCCUCAGCCCCAACCUGUCCCACUCCCUCUCCCCCACAUCCAGCCCUCCCCCAACCGUAACCCCAUGGCCAACGGAGGAGCAGACAGGCAACAGGGCAGCAACCAGCUGAUGAACACGCUCAGGAAUGACCUCCAGUUGAGUGAGUCAGGCAGCGACAGUGACGACGACUGAACUGCCCCCAUCUACCUCAUAUUAUCACACAAUCUUGCUCUCCUCUUUCUUCUCUUUGCCUGGUUCUGUUGUUUUGUUGCUGUGGUAACCGACCCAAUUGUAAAGUCUGGUUUUAUUGUAUUUGUUAUAUCUCUUGAGAAACCGGCCAACCUAGAGAUUUAAUAGUGUAUUUUUUGAUUAGCUGUAUAUUUUGUUUUGUAUUUUUAAAUCUUUUUACAUAUGAAAACAUGCUAAAUAAUAUAUAUUAGAAUGCAUAUAUAUAUUUCUGUAGUUAGAGCUCCUAGUUGUAUCAACUUAUAUCACAAGUCUUUGUUGUUUUCUUGUUUCAUCACAGGGGAGGGGCUUAUUUGGACUAUAUCACCCCCAUCGUCCCUAUUUAUCUGGAAAUCAAAAGAAGGCACUGAAAGCAUUUCACCCAUUCCAUGUUUUUAUCGGUAUCUUUCAAAAUCAGUCUUUUAAGAGGCCAGGAUACAGCUCACAUCGAUCUAAGCUAUAGAGGAUACUAAAGGACAUACUCAUAUUUUUCAUGUAAAAUCAGUUUAAAUUGACCACUUACUAAAGGUUUUAGCUGGAAUAUUGACCUGUUCUGGUGAACAGGUAAAUAUCAGCAACAGGUAAAUGGUAGUAAAUGAGCCUGGGUCAAUCCUUUACAUGUCAAAGCACUUUAGUUUAAUUUCAUAUAGCCUAAUAAACUGCAUGCUUUCCGUAGUCGUUUUGGGAGGACCACACAAUAUCA